UCGAAGUCCGUACGACGACCAGGCUUCACAAAGGCCAGUGGCAAAGUGGUGAGGCAGCUUUUGGUUUACACAAAGCAGAGGAGCUGCAGCGGGACGCGGGCUGUAAUCGUCUCCAUCAUUAGUAGAUAUCCAGAGGGUCUCACGUCGGCUGCCAAGCCUGCAGGAUGAACUUCAAGAACUUGAGGGAGUACCUGGCCUGGCUGUACUACCAGUACCUGCUCAUCACGGGCAUCUAUGUCCUGGAGCCCUGGGAGAAGUCCAUUUUCAACUCUAUCCUCUUCUCUGCCAUCGCCAUGGUGAUCUACACCUCGUACGUCUUUGUGCCCAUCCACGUGCGCCUGGCACUGGAGUUUUUCUCCGGGUUCUUUGGUGGCCAGCCUGAGAGCACCAUGGCACUCAUGAACUAAAAGAAGGAGGGAAUAUGGAGGAAAAGAGACAGUGACUGGGUGG